GUUAAUAGUCGUUUAGAUCGCAAAUUUCCAACGCCAAUUUCAAUGGAGAAUCCAGAAAAUCUGAACAUUUACAAAGCUUCGAGAACCAUAAAACGAAGUGAAAACACUCUCUACAACGCCCUACGAUCAAUCUACGAGGAUUCGAUAUUCGUCGGCGAGAUUUCUCAGCUAUGGCCGGAGCUUCCGCUACUUGCAAAUCUCCGUUGUGGCCUUUGGUACUCUCAAAAAUUCCACUCCACUUGCUAUUUCAAGUCAACCGAUGGACAUACCAAUAAUUGGUCUUUUAAUACCUCUCGCCUUAACCUCCAUGUUGCCCUUCUUGCUGGACAGAAGGGAGGGUGUAUGAUUGUUGAUUCAACAAGGAAAGGGAAGAGGUUUCCAGAUAGCAUGUCAAAGACAAUACCGAUUUGGACCUGUGUAAUGAAUCGUGCCAUUUGGAAUUACAAAAUGAGAUCUGGUUUGGCUGGUGCUGCAGAAAAGAAAGAGUCAAAUGAUUCCACUGAACGUGGAGAUAGAAUUAAUGACUUUUAUAGCUGGGAUUGUUCCUUGCAUCUCCCUUUGUGGGUCUCAAAUACUGAAAGAGCACUUAUUGAGGGGCGUUUAGACGGAUGGACCAAGGAUCUGGAGGUCAGUGGAGCUGAUAUUGCUUCCAUUGCUUUGUCCCUGAAAAAGCCGCUACGUCCACUAUGGAUUUCACAAAAAACUGUGAUCUGGUUAAAUGAAGUACCUGAUUGUGAUUCUUGGGAUUUCACUCCAAUAAUGCUUGUUUCUACAUCCUCCCCAAGUAGCAAUUUUCAGCAAAGAAGAACCUCUGAAUUUAGUUGGAGGUACAUAGCUGGAGCUGGAGAUGAUGAGGAAAGUUGGGCAAGGGGCUUGUCACCAAGUCUUUUCUGGAAACAUGCUUAUGAUCUCAUAAGCUCUGGUCCUGAUAUGUGUAACAAGAAGGUAGCUGAUAUUAUUGAGAAGGACAGGGUAUACCGUGCACGGAGGGGAGAAAAUGCUCCUCAAAUAUCUAUUAAGCCUUCAAAAUCUUCUAUGAGUAGUGGCCGUUUGCCUGCGGAAGAACAAGUAGACCUGGAGCCUCAAAUUAUGAACAGAGAUGAGAAGUCUUCUGAUAAUGAUUCCAUAUUUUGGCUGGGGGAAAGUAAUCUAGCGGUUGGCACAACACAACUUGCUAAGGAUGCAUCUGGUGUUGAUUGUGUGUUGAGUUGUGAUCGGGAGUCCAGUUCUCUUUGUUCUAAGGAGUCUGAAGCUUAUCUAAACCUGUCUAUUGUGAGCUCGAAGUUUGACCGAUCUUCUUUAUUAAGGAAUCUUCCCUCAGCGGUGAAUUUUGCAAAGAACAACUUGAAAAAGGGGCAGAAACUCCUAGUUUGCUGCAGUAGUGGGGAGGAUAUUAGCAUCUGUGUUUGUUUAGCAAUUUUGAUGUCAUUAUUUGAUGACAGAGGGCACUUUGAUGAAGGGAGGAUUUUCAGUGAGAGACGAGUCACUAAGUUGGAGUUGCGACGAAGAUUGGUAUUUAUCUGCCAAUUUGCUGUGAAUGCUCGCCCAUCAAGAGGGAAUGUUAAGCAGGUCUUUAAUUAUCUCAGUGGAGGAAAUAUUGAGACAGUUUGUUAAGAAAACGUACUUUGCUUCCAUGCCUUAAAACUUGAUCGCCCAAAUACAAUUUAAAAUGCUACUCAGAUCACUGAUGUGAUUGAGCUCCGGAGGAAGAGUAAAGCUGCUAUAUGCAUCUGGUUUUUCUUGCUUUUUCUGUUAUCGUUUGAGUAAAGUAGUUCCUUUUGAUUGGGAGUUCUGUCUUCUCUCCAACACACUUGAAGCGAUGUUUUGUUUUCCUAGUUUCUGUCUAGUGCAAGCUGAGUAGGUAGGUGAGCGGCCCUUGCCAGUGGCAGAUGUACAAUUAUUUGAUCAGAUAUAUUUGAACUGUUUUAAACGAUUAGUAUUUAUGCGAAGUUUGAACAUAUUGUAACAAAAGAACUUAUAGUAUUGUGUUACUUUGAACCAGCAGAGUUAUACAAUUCA